AGGGGAUAGAGGGCUGAGUUUUGUAUGCUUCCAUCCAUUCUGCAAGACGCUAAAGGCCCCUCAUCAACCUCUCCUGUGUCCGGGAACACCUCCAUGGUAAUCAUUUUUUCGUUUAUUUGUCUUUUGGAGCAGGAGCGCCUUGCAAGAAGUGGUCGAUUCAGCAGUGUCCUGAAGCUUUUUGAUGCCGUUGUAGUAGGAUGACACCACAUUGAGAGCACCAACAAAACAUAAGAAACAAAACAUAUGUAUAUUUUUAUUAAUAAAAAGCCGUUUUCCCGCAACUUGCACUACAACUGAAACGACAGGAUCACGGUCCAACUAGCUGUUGAAGUACAAGUACUCUGAGUAAAUUGUUUAUGUCGUGCCAAUUCAGGACAGAUUGAAGAAGGAAGCAAGACUUGAACUGGGCUUUCCUCCUGCUGAUCACAAGAGCAAAGUCAUCUCUUAUCUUCCAAUCGCCAAGGAAAAAAAAAGAAUUUGACAUUUCCUUAAUCCUAACCCCUUUGGUAGGAGCUGGUUUUGCACAAAAAUUGUUUUAAUGUUUGGGAUUCAGGAAAAUAUACCAAGAGGUGGGACGACGAUGAAAGAGGAGCCGCUGGGAAGUGGUAUGAAUCCAGUCCGAUCGUGGAUGCACACUGCUGGGGUAGUGGAUGCUAACACAGCCGCCCAAAGCGGUGUAGGUCUGGCUCGGGCACAUUAUGAAAAACAGCCGCCUUCCAAUCUCAGAAAAUCCAAUUUUUUCCACUUCGUCCUGGCUCUCUAUGACAGACAGGGACAGCCAGUGGAGAUCGAAAGGACAGCUUUUGUGGACUUUGUGGAGAAGGAGAAAGAGCCCAACAGCGAAAAAACUAACAAUGGAAUUCAUUACAAACUUCAGUUAUUAUACAGCAAUGGGGUCAGAACAGAACAGGAUCUUUACGUACGAUUAAUCGAUUCUAUGACGAAGCAGGCAAUCGUCUAUGAAGGUCAAGAUAAAAACCCAGAAAUGUGCCGAGUCCUCCUAACACAUGAAAUUAUGUGCAGUCGGUGUUGUGACAAGAAAAGUUGUGGGAACAGAAACGAAACACCAUCAGACCCCGUUAUCAUUGACAGAUUCUUUUUGAAGUUUUUCCUCAAGUGCAAUCAGAACUGCUUGAAGAAUGCAGGAAAUCCAAGAGAUAUGCGUAGAUUCCAGGUUGUUGUAUCAACAACAGUCAAUGUGGACGGUCAUGUGCUGGCCGUCUCAGACAACAUGUUUGUACACAACAAUUCCAAACAUGGGAGAAGGGCUCGUCGCCUUGACCCUUCAGAAGGUACGGCUCCUUCUUAUCUGGAAAAUGCAGCUACCCCAUGCAUUAAGGCAAUAAGUCCCAGUGAAGGAUGGACCACUGGAGGAGCCACUGUUAUCAUCAUCGGAGAUAACUUCUUUGAUGGCUUGCAAGUUGUAUUUGGCACAAUGCUGGUCUGGAGUGAGCUGAUAACUCCUCACGCCAUCAGAGUCCAGACACCACCACGGCACAUUCCAGGAGUUGUGGAAGUUACCCUCUCUUACAAGUCUAAACAAUUCUGCAAAGGUGCACCAGGACGAUUCGUUUACACCGCGCUGAAUGAACCAACCAUAGACUACGGAUUCCAGAGGUUGCAGAAGGUCAUUCCUAGACAUCCAGGGGAUCCAGAAAGGUUACCUAAGGAGGUAUUGUUGAAAAGAGCUGCUGACCUCGUAGAAGCCCUUUACGGAAUGCCCCACAAUAACCAGGAGAUUAUUCUAAAGAGGGCAGCUGAUAUUGCUGAAGCUCUGUACAGUGUACCUCGCAAUCACAACCAGAUUCCAUCUCUUGCCAACACUCCAUCACACACAGGCAUGAUGGGAGUAAACUCGUUCAGCAGUCAGUUAGCAGUCAACGUAUCAGAGACAUCACAGGGUAAUGACCAAGUAGGUUACAGUCGCAACACAAGCAGCGUGUCUCCGCGUGGGUAUGUUCCAAGUAGCACUCCUCAACAGUCCAACUACAACACAGUAAGCAACAGCAUGAACGGUUAUGGAAAUGCAGGAAUGCCAAACCUGGGGGUUCCGAGUUCUCCCGGUUUUCUUAACGGCUCAUCCGCUAAUUCCCCCUACGGCAGUAAGUAUCGAGUAGUGCCGUCAAGCCCUACCAUGGCAGCCUCUUCGGUCACCCUCCCUUCAAACUGUAGCAGUACACACGGCAUUUUCUCAUUCUCACCUGCCAAUGUCAUCUCUGCAGUGAAACAAAAGAGCGCCUUUGCCCCUGUUGUCAGGCCCCAAGCAUCUCCUCCUCCUUCUUGCACCAGUGCAAAUGGAAAUGGACUUCAAGCAAUGUCCGGGUUGGUGGUCCCUCCAAUGUAAAUGUCACUUGUUCUUCAGCACCGACCUUCCAUAAGAUGGGCUUCAGGGAACAAGUUUAUACAUAUAAAAGAUACUGGUAGAAACAGUGUCAUCAAUCAUGAAUAAAAAAAAUCAGCAACUAAUUCUGUUAUUCAGAAGAAAAAAAAAAAAGACUUU